AUGAUUCCCAACCUCUCCGGUCUCCGCCGUCGAGAACCACUUUGGCACCGCCGCGGCCGGCAACGAAGACUUCGGUGGCCUCUUCUCCGCCGACACCGACGACCAGCUCGCCCUCAAAUUCCCAACCUCUCUGCCCUAAAGAACCACUUCGGCGCUGCCGCGGCCGGCAGCGACGACUUCGGCGGCCUCUUCUCCGCCGACCAGCUCGCCCUCGAGUUCCCCACCUGGAGCCACGUGCGUGAGCCUUCCCCUCCCUCAAUCCCCUUUUCUCUCCACCGGCUUCUGAUCCGUUUGCGCCCCUAUUUCGUUUCCCGGUGGGAGUUCGAUGGGUUCCAGAAGGCGACCAAGGAGAUGGUGAACGACAAGAAGGGGACGACCACGCUCUCCUUCAUCUUCGAUAAGGCUUCAUCGUCGCCACCGGCUCCCGGGCCAGCAUGGGCGGGUACACACGAUAUUAUAUUUAUCUUCUUCAGCGUCUACUAUGUUAUCCAUCUGUCUAUCCACGUCCCAUAG